UUUAUUUCCUCGAUUAAGUUGUUAACUGAACCCAAGGCUACUUCCUUUUCCGUUUUGCGUCCCUUGGCAAAAUGUUGAUUCCGAAAAAAAAUAGGGUCUCCAUCUAUGAGUACCUCUUCAAGGAGGGAGUACUGGUAGCCAAGAAAGAUUUCUUUGCACCGAAACAUCAUGACAUCGACGUACCAAACCUACAUGUCAUCAAGGCUCUUACAAGCCUCAAGUCAAAAGGGUAUGUACGAGAACAGUUUGCCUGGUCUCACUACUACUGGUACCUGACAAAUGAGGGUAUCCAGUAUCUUCGUGACUUCUUGCAUCUUCCUGCAGAGAUUGUACCAAGCACAUUAAAAAGACAAACAAGGCCAGAGGCUCCUCGAAGCAGGCCAAAAGCUGCAGAGGGUGGUGGUCCCAGGGCUCCUGCUCAAGACAGAGAAUACCGCAAGGCUGGUGGUCCACCUGAUGGUGACAAGAAGUCUGAUGUGGGUGCUGGUGCCAAUACAUCUUUCCAGUUUAGUGGAUAUGGCCGUGGUCGUGGCAGCUUUGGAGGUCAACCUCGAGAAUAAGUGUCGUGAACUUUCAGGGCUUGGACUGAUAAAUAAAAGACUUUCAAUGUGUA